AUGACGCCAUUCAAUGAGGGCGAUGAGGAGGGGGCGGGCGACUUGCUCCGCAUGUACCGCGACGACUGGACGAGACCCUACAUGCGACAGAAGCGGCUUCGACUGGAUCCGGCAAAGCCCCACAUCUCCCAAGCAUUCACCAGCGCCAUGGAGCGGGGCAGCACCGCCAUCCUGGACAUGGCCGGAGGCGCCAAGGAGCAGAACGGGAAGGUGGAGCGGCACGGCCAGUGGUUCGCCCAGAUGUUGCGCGCCGUGGUCGCGGAGGUCCAGCCGCAGGACCGCGGAGAGUGGCGGGGGUGCGUGGCCCAGGUCCAGGAGGCGAAGAAUUCCCUCUUGAGCGUCGGCGGCGAGAGCCCAGCACAGAUCGUGUUCGGGCGGAACCCCGAGGUCCCCGAGGAACUCUUGGUGGACUCGCCAGACAUCGUUGCGAACGGCGCGGUGCUGCGUGACCCGCCGGCCAUCUUCGCGGCUCGGGUUCGCGCCAUCGCCAGGCGCCACGUGUUGAGCUACAACGACCGGCGCGCCACCCGAGCGGCCCUGGACGCGAGGCCGCGGCGCCGCAUCGCGUACAAGCCAGGGGACAUGGUGGCCAUCUGGAGGAAGGUUACGAAGGGCGGCGGCGGUGGUCUGCAGAAUCGCAGGGCUCGCUACAGGUGGAGGCCAGGCGUGUGCAUGGGUGCGGUGCGUGGCAACUACUGGAUCGCCGUGCCAGGGUGCGUUCUGAAUGCGUCGCCGGAACAGUUGAGGAUGGCCAACUCCGAGGAGCGCGCGGCGUGGCGGCUCGUCGAGAGUUCGUUGCGGUCGCACACCAUCGACCUGGACAGCAUGAAGGCGCAGCACUACCACGACAUCAGUGCCGAGGAGCGCCCGCCGGAGGAGGCAGAGGAGGAGGCCGAGCAGACUCAGGAGAGCCAGCUGCUGAAGGAGAGGCCUAGGCCGGUGACCGCGACGUCGGGGAACCUGGAGGACACGCAGAAGAGGCAGGGCGUGAAGCGCGGCCCUUCCCCAUCGGCUUCGGAUCGGGUCAAGCAGCCGAAGGUGCAGUUGGGCUUGGCCGCGGCGGCGGCCGAGGACAGCGAGGACGACGACGAGAUCUUGGCAGUGGACGAAGAGAAGGUCCUGCUGGCGCGGGGCCGCAAGGAGCUGAAUCGAAAGGAGCCGAAAAAACUCGCCAAGGGGUACGCCAAGGAGUACGACAAGAUGAUCAACAAAACCACGGCGUGGCGUCCGCGACCGCUGGAGGAGUCGCGCCGGCUGCGAUCGACAAAGCCAGGGCGCAUCCUGAAGCCCCGGCGAGUGCUGACGGAGCGGGGGGACGAGGUCAAGUGCCGCAUGACCAUCCAGGGCUUCAAGGACCUGGAUCUGCUGGGGCUGGUGAGGGCCGGGGGGGCUCAGGCACCGACGCUGUCGUCCAACGGCCGAGCGCUCGUGCUGCAGACCAUCGCCUCCGCGAAGUUUCCGAUGGCCAUCGGUGACGUGGAGGGUGCCUCCUUGGAGACGGAUGCCUGUCUCACCCCCGCCGAGCACGGGACAAUCUACGUAUCCUUGCCGUCCGAGUUCCUUCCCGAGGGCGUGCAUGAGGACCAGCUGUGCGAGGUGAUCAACGGCUGCGGGCGCAGUGACCAACCGCAGCUCAGGUGGCUUACCUUCAGCAAGUACAUCACCGACGAGCUGGGCUUCAUGCAACACCCUCUUGACCAAUGCGCCAUGAUGCUCUUCGAGGACAUCGGGGAGACCGUGGACUUCGACUUGGGCGACUACCGCGCGAUCGAGGGCUCGGGUCUGGAAGGCGAAGUUCCAUUCUGGAAGUGGAUCGCCAAGCUGAAGGCGAAGUUUCCAUUCUGGAAGUGGAACGACCAGGAGGGCGAGUUCGUCGCCUCGAAGCUGCAGCAGCUCUCCGACUACACCAUCGUGCAGUCUCAGCGCCAGUACGCCAAUGAGGAGAUGGAGCGAAUGCCCUCGCCAUGCCGUCAGAGGUAA